AUGGCUACCAUCGAGCCACGGCUUAUGCACCUCUCAACCGUACUCAACACUCAGCAAGCCGAUAGCCCUUCACCUGUCCAGCUCGUUCCUAUAACGACCCCCGUGAACAACAGCUCGCUCUAUCUACCCACCUUGCCCCGCGAUGCUGGACAACAACAGCAGCAGCAGAGAAUCGACAAGCAACUGCCGACACUGCCACCGAUUCAUACGCUCAGUAACGAAUCCUUGACCAAGCAGACGCCAAGGAUAGACCCUUUUGGAAGCGAUCCUGCAGCUCGUCACCCUCCUUCGAGUCAUUCCCUCCAAUUGCUGCUUUCAAACUCCCCAGAGACGAGCAGCACGCCCCUCUCUCUGCGCAGGCCUGCAGGCGACCACCCCGAUGCUCUCCAAGAUGCCUACAACAAGAAGCGACAGCGGGCGCUCGCUGCCAAAGACGAUUAUGUCCAGCUGCCUCAGCCGCUCAAGAAGCAAAAAUCCACCCAAGAGGUGGUCCUUCAACAAGUAGUCACGGUCCCACCCAUUCUCAACGGGCUCCACGAACCGCCACCCAACCCCAACGCCAGCAGGUUUCCCCCAAUACUCUCCGGCGUUGUUGACCAUGAGCCACCGAGGAUAAGCGGUUACAUGCAUGAUCUCAGUCCUCCGACCCAUAUCCCUGCCUCGACAACAACAACACCACCCGCGGAAUGGUCCAUUACAUCACCACCCCCAACAGACGGAGACAAGACCAGUGGCGGAGCCAAGGCAAAACGAAGGGCGGCGAAACCACGGAGAAAGUGGUCCGAUGAGGAAACCAACAAUCUUCUACUGGGUGUCAGUCGGCAUGGUGUUGGAAAAUGGACGACUAUUCUGGAGGAUCCCGACUACAAGUUCAACGACCGAACUGCCGGUGACCUCAAGGAUCGGUUUCGGACCUGCUGUCCCGAGGAGCUUCGUGGGGGUUCAAGCAAGAGGAGUCCUGGGGCCGACAAGUCUACAUCAGGCGAAUCAACCACGCACACGAACAGCAGGCACAAGAAUGGCUUGUCGCUGGACGCUCUCUUGAGCAACCCAGAGGCCGGACCGAGUGAUAAGGAUAGGGGUGACUCCGAUUCUGCCCCUGCGAAACAGAGAAAGAGUCGGGCACACCGGAAGAAGAUGGAAGAUCUUGUCGAACUGGGAAUCAGGGGUCCAUUCAAGAAGUCUCACCGUCGUGAGAGGCGUCCAUUUACGGACCUGGACGACAAGGAAAUUCUGGCGGGACUCAAGAAACAUGGGCCUGCUUGGACCAAGAUCCAACGCGAUCCAGAGUAUCAUCUUCAGAGCCGCCAACCCACGGAUUUGCGCGACCGGGUUCGCAACAAGUAUCCGGUAAUCUACGCAAGCAUUGAGAAGACCAAUCCCCGGGACAAGGACCAACAAGCCCGCGGGAGUGCGGAGGCGUCUACAUCCAGCAUCAGUCUGCUGGAACCUUCCAUCAAUCCUACCAUGUCGAAAACUCUCGAACCGACCAUAGCACGAUCGAUAGAACCGCAAGUAUCGCGACAGAGCUCCAGGGAGGAAUUGCCAAAGUGGCUCCCGAGUACAACAUGCGAACCGACAGAGACUCUGCCCGGUCUGGCUUCUGUCUUUGCUGACUUGCCUGACGGUCCUCUGUCGUCGUCAUAUUUCGGAGGACCGCCUGACAUGGAUAUUUCCCGACUCCUGCUAAACGAUGCCCAAGACCCUUCCUCGGCCUCGGAACGCCUGAGAUACGGACAGGGAGGUAUGGGGGGAGGGGGGGCAGUCAUUCCAGGAGGUCAGGAUGGUUCAUCGGGUGGACCCGCCCAUCGGAGGGCUCUCUGA